CAAUCUCAACUUAGUUUCGACAAAUUGUUGUUGUUUUCCAACAUACAAAAAAAAACAAAAAAGCACAGUAACGCAGCAGAGCAGAAGGAAACGCUUUGAUGCCGAGCGCAGGCGACGACAUUUCGACGAUUGUGGGACGCUAACGCCACCAAGCGGAUGUCAAUAAGGCCAACAAGCGGCAGCCGCUCCCGUACAUCACCAGCGGACCAACACCAACAAAUUCCCUGUAGUCAACAGGCGGCAGGGCAAGAUCAACAACAACAGCAGCAACAGCCGCCGGAGGAGGAACAGCAACUGGCAAUUUGCCAGGCUCAAUACAUAAUUGGGGAGCACCGAUACAGUUGGGAGCGUGCGCUGGGCUCCCAUCGUGGAGCCUGUGGCGCGCGUGUUCCAGGAUCAUUACAAUCAUCCCAAAUGUACAGUUAUGAUCCAAGGAUUAGUCUCUUUGGUGCUGCCGCAGCGCCGCAUGCAACGCCGUCUAGCAACAGCCAGCCAAUUAAUACCAGCAGCCCGACUCAACCACUAUAUCACUAUUAUCCACAACAAUCAACGUCGCCUCAUUCGCGCAUUGUCGGCGGCUCGAAUAAUUUCAAUCAACGCCCUCGCAGCGCACGCAAUGCCCUUGGGCAGCAGCCGCAGCAGCAUCAUCAUCUGCGCUCUCAGCACUUGAAUGUGCCGCUGAAUGUGGAAGCAACUCAGCCAGUGUCCCGUUUCAGUGCAUGUCCCACGCCCGGCACCUCAGCCAAUGGGCCGCCGCAUCACUGUGAGCAGUCACUAAGGUCGACUUUGUCAGUGGUAUCUGUUGCCGGGCCAGUAAGAUUGCGCGAAAUCGGACGCAAGUAUCCAUUGUGGCUGCCCGAAUAUAAGCGUCGCGCAUUUAAUGCCUCCAUGGAUGAGAAGUAUGUGGAUGACAUUUGGGCCACCUUGAAGAAUGCCAUACAGGAGAUACAAAAGAAGAACAAUUCGGGCCUGUCCUUCGAACAGCUCUAUCGCAAUGCCUACAAUAUGGUGCUGCAUAAGCAUGGCAAUCGCCUGUACAAUGGACUGAGCAACGUCGUCUCGGAGCAUCUGGAGCAGAAGGUGCGACAAGAUGUGCUCGAGAGUUUGAACAGCACAUUUCUGUCCAAACUAAAUCAGGCAUGGACCGAUCAUCAGACCUCAAUGGUCAUGAUACGCGACAUACUCAUGUACAUGGACCGUGUCUAUGUGCACCAACGUGGAUUGGAUAAUGUCUAUAAUUUGGGUCUUAACUUAUUCAGGGAUCAGAUCGUUCGUUUUCCGGAGAUUCAAAAAGCGCUACGGGAUAGACUAUUGGGCAUGGUUAUAGAGGAGCGCAGGGGCGAACCGAUCAAUCACUUGGCAAUCAAGAAUGCCUGCACGAUGCUGAUAACAUUGGGUAUCAAUUCGCGAACCGUUUACGAGGAAGACUUUGAGAAGCCUUUCCUGGCGCAGUCGGCGUCCUUUUACCGAAACGAAUCGCAGAAAUUUCUUGAGGAGAACAACGCUGGCGUUUAUAUCAAGAAAGUGGAGGCACGCAUCACCGAGGAAUCGUCACGUGCGACACUAUAUUUGGACAAGGAUACGGAGCCUCGCAUUGUGCGUGUCGUUGAAGAGGAGCUUAUUAAGAAACACAUGCGUACCAUUGUCGAAAUGGAAAAUUCGGGUGUGGUGCAUAUGAUUAAGAACUCGAAAACCGAGGACUUAGCAUGCACGUAUAAAUUGUUCUCACGUCUAAAGGAUGAGGGCCUCAAAGUGAUAGCGGACACAAUGUCUGCGUAUCUGCGCGAACAGGGCAGCAUGCUGGUCAAGGAAGAGGAGAAUGGCACCACAAAUCCCAUAACAUUUGUGCAAAACUUGCUCGAUCUGAAGGAUAGAUUCGAUCAAUUUCUGCUCCAUUCAUUCAGCAAUGAUCGGCUCUUCAAGAAUGUUAUUUCCGCUGACUUUGAACACUUUCUCAAUCUGAACAACAAAUCACCCGAGUAUCUUUCGCUCUUCAUCGAUGACAAACUGAAAAAAGGUGGCAAGGGUAUGAGUGAGCAGGAAAUUGAAACCAUACUGGAUAAAACGAUGGUCCUCUUCCGCUUCCUACUUGAAAAGGAUGUUUUUGAGCGCUACUACAAAACGCAUUUGGCCAAACGUUUGCUGCUCAACAAAUCAGUAUCAGAUGAUUUUGAAAAGAACAUGAUAUCCAAACUAAAGACUGAAUGUGGCUGUCAAUUUACAUCAAAACUGGAGGGCAUGUUCAAGGAUAUGUCCGUCUCCAAUACGAUUAUGGAUGAGUUUAAGAAUUAUGUAAAUAAUAAUAGUUUCUCAUUGAGCGGCGUGGAGCUUACCGUGCGCAUACUGACCACCGGAUUUUGGCCCACACAGACGGCAACGCCCAAUUGCAACAUACCCUCGGCGCCGCGCGAGGCUUUUGAGGUGUUUAAGAAGUUCUAUCUGGACAAGCACUCGGGUCGGCAGCUGACGUUACAGCCGCAAAUGGGAACUGCGUACAUAAAUGCCGUAUUCUAUGGCCGCAAAGCGAACGACAGCGACAAGGACAAGGAUGGGCCAAGCUCAAGUUCAAGUGGCUGCGCAGUGCCCACCACAACGCGCAAGCAUAUAUUGCAAGUGUCUACCUAUCAGAUGUGCGUUUUGUUGUUGUACAACAAUCGGGAUGUGCUAACCUAUGAUGAUAUACACCAAGAGACGGAUAUACCCGAGCGCGAGCUGGUGCGCGCACUGCAAUCGCUGUCGAUGGGUAAGCCUGCACAGCGGUUGCUUGUGCGCAAUUCCAAGACGAAAACAAAGGAUAUUGAGCCUUCGGACGAGUUUUAUGUGAACGAUGCAUUUGUCUCCAAAUUCCAUAGAGUGAAGAUACAAACUGUUGCUGCCAAGGGCGAAUCGGAGCCGGAACGGAAGGAGACGCGCGGCAAAGUGGAUGAGGACCGCAAGCAUGAAAUUGAAGCGGCCAUUGUACGCAUUAUGAAGGCGCGCAAACGCAUGGCGCAUAAUCUUCUUGUAUCGGACGUAACGUCGCAGUUGAAGUCACGUUUCUUGCCCUCGCCCGUGUUCAUUAAAAAGCGCAUCGAAGGCCUUAUCGAGCGUGAAUAUCUGGCGCGAACGCCGGAGGAUCGUAAGGUGUACAUUUACUUGGCUUAAAUGACGUUCGCAUCCCAUCACUCAUUUAAUCCGUGGGCACCAUACUCAUCAUUUUGCAAUCUCAAGCCAAUCCAAUUUUCAACUUCCACAAUUAUUCGGUUAAAAGAAAAAAGCCAGUUUCAAUUCAGCGCCAAUGCAACAGCAAGCAUUCAAAGUGCAAUCCUAUAUUUUGACCAAGAUGUAACAACAAUUAUAUAACUCAAUAGACAAGCGCGAAAUUUGUAAGCCUGACACGUUAAAAAUUGAACAGUUACUGCUAAUCUACAAAUGAUUGCAUUCUCCGCUCUAUCUCCCCAAUGCCAUUGCUUUCUAUAAAAUAAUUUCGACUAUUCUCUAAAUUCCUUGAAUCUUAUUAUUUCACACUCCUAUUCGUUCUUCACAAUUUUGCUCGGUUUUGAGGCACAAACCAUGCGCCACAAGUUAACAAUUUAGCAACAAUAACAAAAUGUAUAGCAAUAAGUCCACAACACACAUCCACACACACUCACACACAUUUACACGCCCAUGCACAUCCAUACACAUUCAUACCCAAACACACACACAUACACACACUGGAUUGAGAAGCGUAAGCGAAGCAAACGUAAGAAUUAAUGCAUAAUGCAAAACUUAAUUCUAAGCAGCAGUAUAAAUUUUAGCUAAAAUAAUAAAUUUAUAAAUGAAUAAUAAA